AGUCGCUCCCAGACGGACAGCAAAGUCGGAGAAGGAUAUGGAUCAGCCUUGUCUAUAAGAUGGCCAGCGACAACUUCAGAGAAUCGCUACAGCCGUUCUGUAUACAAGUGGAAGGAUUUUCGUCUGAUACAAACGAGAACCAAGUGAAACAGAUAUUCCAACAUUGUUUAAAACUAGAACAAAUUGCGGGCGUACAACUUAAUCAAACAAAAUGGCUGAUAUUGUUUCAUGAUAAAGUUGUGACUGAUUACUAUGUGAACCAGAAAGAAAUCUGUCUGCCAAACAGUACUCCUCUGAAGAUCGGUGCAUGUAUACUGUGUGACAUUCCAACGUCAUGGGAAAAAGUUGACCUUAAGAACUUGGCUCCUGCUGUUUUUCCUGGUGACCCAGCACAACCAAAUUAUGGCCCACAAGGUGCCUAUCCAGGUUACCAUGGUUACCCGCCUAGUUACCAGAAUAUUCAAUACCCUAAUUUUGGUCAGUCUCCAGGAUCACAAGGAAAUCCGAUGUAUCCAGGAUAUCCUCAACAAUAUGGUGGACCACAGGUGCCAACAACUAUGGCACCAAAGCCAGCAGGUUCUGAGGGUACAGGCCUUAUUGUUUAUCCUGGAGACUCCACACCACCAGGUCCCCCAGGGGGGCAACCACCUCAGGUCCAAGGUCAAGAGGGCAAAUUGCCAGGAAUGUGUGGUGAAGGUGAAGUUCAUGAACAGCCUUUAUCAGCAGCUGAACCUGGAACUCCUCAACCACCUAAAGAUAGUGAUCAGCAGAAACAAGCGCAACCUUCAGAUGAGAGAAAAAGUCUAGGCAACGAGCAAGAAAGACAAGUAGCUUACUCAUCUAUGCCUCCUUAUCCUGGAUAUCAAUAUCGUGGACCAGCACCAGGACAAGAAGCCAUGUACUCCAUGCCCUUUUAUCAUGCCCAAUAUGCCCCGAGAUUUCCAGGUCCAUACACGCCAGGCUUACCACCGCCCUACAGUCCAUAUUCUGGAAGGCACCCUGCACCCAACAGUUCUCCAAGGAUGAACCAGCCACCUCACAUACCAAAUCAACCUUCACCUGCUUACCAGUUACCGGAGGCUUGGGUUGAACCUUCAGAAACAUCCAUGAAUGCUGCUGAAACUGAGGAAGAGGAGAAUGAGGAGGAUGAGGAGGAGGACGAAGAAUCAUUGGGGAUGAUCAAAGUCACAGGAAUAUCUCCACAGACCACAGAAGAAUCGCUAACCUAUUUUUUUGAGAGUAAAAGGAAAAGUGGUGGUGGAGACAUUGAGGAUGUGGACUUUCGGAAAGAAUCAGCGAUGGCUAUUAUAACGUUUGAAAAACCUGAAGUGGUUGAUCGUGUCCUGCAGAAGCUACCAUUACUCUUGGAUAAAAAACAGAUUACAGUAGAGCGAUUUGUUCCGGAGAAGUAUAAUUCAGGAGCUAAUGUUGAAGAAGAAACAAGUGACAAGGAAGAAUCGAAGCCUUCCUGUAUCAUAGAGGUGCGAGGCAUGAGUGAGAAAACUAGUGUAGACACAAUAGAGCUUUAUUUUGGGAACAAGAAGGCUGCUGGAAAAAAUGUCGAGGUUGUGAAUGUUAAUGAUUCGGAGUUUGAUGAGGGAGUUGUCUACAUUACCUACGAAACUGAAGAAGUAAUGAGAGCUGUGUUGGACAGAAGUCAUACACUAGAUGGGGCCAGUUUGAAAGUCACAGAGUACAUCCCACCGCCGCCACCAAAACCACGCCUGAUGUAUGAUGAUAAAGUGCUUAUUAAAGGGAAAAAUCCAGACACAACGAAAGAUGGACUGGAGAAUUUCUUGGAAGCAAAA